GGCCAAAAUAGAAAAGAAAGAGAAGAGUAGGCAUUGAAGUCAAACGUAACAGCGAGCUUGGGAAACUGCGGCUCAGAGAAGAGAGCAGAAUUUCGGCGGCAGGCCUAACAUAAGUUUUUUGUGCCUUCCCUUAAUAAGUACUUAAUCUUUCUACCACCACAACAUACAGAUUCUCUGCAAUUUGUGAAGAUUUUCAUCGCAGGAGAAGCUUUGUUUUAGAUAGUAAAGAAAGGAAACGAAAAUGCAGGGAGCUCAUUUAUUGCUCGAGGAGCCUAUUCGCAUGGCUUCGAUCCUCGAACCAUCCAAGACUAAUUUUUUUCCAGCAAUGACAAAGAUUGUUGGCACACUUGGACCAAAUUCGCGAUCUGUUGAAGUGAUUGAGGGAUGUCUAAGGGCUGGAAUGUCUGUUGCUCGUUUUGAUUUCUCAGAUGGAGACAAUGACUAUCAUCAAGAAACUCUUGAAAAUCUCAAGAUUGCCGUAAAGAAAGUUAAAAAGCUUUGUGCUGUCAUGUUGGAUACAGCUGGUGCAGAAUUGCAAGUUGUCAACAAGAGUCAGCAGGCUAUUGUGCUAGAGAUGGAUGCUUUUGUGACUUUAACACCUGAUCAGAGCAAAGAGGCAUCAUCUGAAGUCUUGCCAAUAAACUAUGGAGGACUUGCAAAGGUAGUGACAAAAGGAGAUACAAUAUUUGUUGGGCAAUAUCUGUUUACUGGAAGUGAGACAACCUCUGUCUGGCUUGAGGUUGCAGAUUUUAAAGGACAAGAUGUAAUUUGCAUUGUCAAAAAUAGUUCCACACUUGCUGGCUCAUUGUUUACAAUGCAUGUCUCACGAGUUCAUAUUGACCAUCCUACUCUCAGUGAUGCAGAUAAGCAUGUUAUUGCAACUUGGGGAGUACGUAACAGCAUUGACUUUAUCUCUUUGUCAUAUACCCGGCAUGCUGAAGAUAUUCGACAGACACGUGCUUAUCUUGCUGAGCUUGGUAAUCUUCAAGAGACACAAAUAUUUGCGAAGAUUGAAAAUGUAGAGGGUCUGGAACAUUUUGAUGAGAUCUUGCAAGAAGCAGAUGGGAUCAUUCUUUCACGUGGAAAUUUAGGGAUAGAUCUUCCACCAGAAAAGGUGUUUUUAUUCCAGAAGGCUGCCGUACAUAAGUGUAAUAUGGUUGGAAAGCCAGCUGUUAUCACUCGUGUUGUUGACAGUAUGACAGACAAUCUACGCCCAACUCGUGCAGAAGCAACUGAUGUUGCAAAUGCUGUGCUUGAUGGUACAGAUGCAAUUCUGUUAGGUGCAGAGACUUUUCGUGGAUUAUAUCCCAUUGAGACCAUCUCAACUGUAGGAAGGAUCUGUGCAGAAGCAGAGAAGGUGUACAAUCAGGCUGUUUAUUUUAAGAAGACUCUCAAAUGUCAAAGUGAACCAAUGUCUCACUUGGAAUGCAUUGCAACCUCUGCAGUAAGUGCAGCAAUCAAAGUGAAGGCUUCUGUUAUAGCAGUAUUUACAACAUCCGGACGAACUGCUAAGUUGAUUGCGAAGUACAGACCUACUAUGCCAGUAAUUUCUGUUGUCAUUCCAAGGUUGACAACAAAUCAACUGAGAUGGAGCUUUACUGGUGCAUUUCAGAACCCGAACCAGUUCACUUUGGGUAACUCAUUGGUCACAUUUCCAGAGGAUUCAAACUCAUGCUCUCUUGUAUCAUCAGACAGAUCCAUUCUUCAGGCAAGACAGUCUCUCAUUGUUAGAGGAAUUUUUCCUAUGCUGGCAGAUCCGCGACACCCGGCUGAGUCAACCAGUGCCACAAAUGAGUCUGUAUUGAAGAUUGCAUUGGAGCAUGGUAAAGCAGCAGGAUUGAUCAAGCCUCAUGAUCGAAUUGUUGUAUGCCAAAAAAUAGGCGAUUCAGCAGUUGUGAAGAUAAUUGAGCUUGAAGAUUAGAGUGAUGGAAAAAGCGGUGUGUGGUUAUUUACUGUAUGUAUGCUUUUUGUUGAGGUAUUUGCAUGUACCUCAUUUAUCCAAUAGCUAAAAGACAGCUGAUAGUACUCUCUCAAUUUUGUAGACCUUUUAGGUUGCAUUUUGAAUCUCUCUGCAAAAUCUAUGCUGAUUCAGCAAGUGAAUUUUGAUAUUCAAAGUUUUGUUUCUGGUAAUGUAAGCCAGUGCUUAAUUUAAUGAAAUAAGUUUUGCUUAGGCCCAUUAUAUAAUAGGCAAGUACACUAAUUAUUUCCAUACGAAAUCGCAUGGCGAGCCUGUAGUAGAGUGUAAUAGUAACGCUUUGCAUUGAGUCUGUAAAUUCCUGCAUUGGAUGUUCGAACUGUAUUUUACAUCCAAGAGUAAUUUAUUGUAGAUGAAAUCAAAGUGGAAUUUAGAAAUAUGGUUUCUCCACAUUAUAUCAGACAUAUUACUAUGAGACAUUAAGGAAUGCUGAUUCACUUCAA